AUGGAGCGAUUACGUGGCGAUAGUCUUCAAGCGGAAGAAAUAGAAUACUCAUCUUUAAGACAUGCUGAUAAUUUCUCCCGAGUGGAAAAUGAACAAAAUAGGGAACGAAUGGCUAUUAACAGAAAAAAUGAUAAAAACUAUAAAAAUAAUGAAAAAAGAACACUCCGUCAAGAUGAUGCAUUUAAGCGAUUAGAAAGUAAUAAAAAUAUUGAACGUAAUAGACAACUCCGUCAGGAUGAUGCAUAUAAGCAACUAGAAAGUAAUAAAAAUAUUGAACAUUUACAAGAUGAUGCAUAUAAGCAAUUACAAACUAAUAAAAAUAUUGAAAGUAAGAGAGAACUCCGUCAAGAUGAUGCAUAUAAGCAAAGUAUUAAAAAUAUUGAUCGUACUAGAACACUCUGUCAAGAUGAUGCAUUUAAGCAAUUAGAAAGUAAUAAAAAUAUUGAAAGAAAUAUUAACAAUAUUGAUCGUGUUAGAACACUCCGUCAAGAUGAUGCAUUUAAGCGAUUAGAAAGUAAUAAAAAUAUUGAACGUAAUAGACAACUCCGUCAGGAUGAUGCAUAUAAGCAAUUAGAAAGUAAUAAAAAUAUUGAAAGUAAGAGAGAACUCCGUCAAGAUGAUGCAUAUAAGCAAAGUAUUAAAAAUAUUGAUCGUACUAGAACACUCCGUCAAGAUGAUGCAUUUAAGCAAUUAGAAAGUAAUAAAAAUAUUGAACGUAAUAGACAACUCUGUCAAGAUGAUGCAUAUAAGCAAUUACAAAGUAAUAAAAAAAUUGAACGUAAUAGACAACUCCGUCAAGAUGAUGCAUAUAAGCAAUUAGAAAAAAACUCCGACUAUGAUGCAUAUAAGCAAGAAAGUAAUAAAAAUAUUGAACGUAAUAGACAACUCCGUCAAGAUGAUGCAUAUAAGCAAUUAGAAAGUAAUAAAAAUAUUGAACGUAAUAGACAACUCCGUCAAGAUGAUGCAUAUAAGCAAUCAGAAAGUAAUAAAAAUAUUGAACGCAAUAGACAACUCCGUCAGGAUGAUGCAUAUAAGCAACUAGAAAAAAGUAAUAAAAAUAUUGAACGUAAUAGACAACUCUGUCAAGAUGAUGCAUAUAAGCAAUUAGAAAGUAAUAAAAAAAUUGAACGUAAUAGACAACUCCGUCAAGAUGAUGCAUAUAAGCAAUUAGAAAAAAACUCCGACUAUGAUGCAUAUAAGCAAGAAAGUAAUAAAAAUAUUGAACGUAAUAGACAACUCCGUCAAGAUGAUGCAUAUAAGCAAUUAGAAAGUAAUAAAAAUAUUGAACGUGAUAGAGAACUCCGCCAAGAUGAUGCAUAUAAGCAAUUAGAAAGUAAUAAAAAUAUUGAACGCAAUAGACAACUCCGUCAGGAUGAUGCAUAUAAGCAACUAGAAAAAAGUAAUAAAAAUAUUGAACGUAAUAGACAACUCUGUCAAGAUGAUGCAUAUAAGCAAUUAGAAAGUAAUAAAAAAAUUGAACGUAAUAGACAACUCCGUCAAGAUGAUGCAUAUAAGCAAUUAGAAAGUAAUAAAAAUAUUGAACGUGAUAGAGAACUCCGCCAAGAUGAUGCAUAUAAACAACUCCGUCAAGAUGGUGCAUAUAAGCAAUUAGAAAGUAAUAAAAAUAUUGAACGUAAUAGACAACUCCGUCAAGAUGAUGCAUAUAAGCAAUUAGAAAGUAAUAAAAAUAUUGAACGUAAUAGAAAACUCCGUCAGGUUGAUGCAUAUAGAACACUCCGUCAGGAUGAUGCAUUUAACCAAUUAGGAAGUAAUAAACAUAUUGAACGUAAUAGAGAACUUCGUCAAGAUGAUAGGUAUAAAUCGAAAGAGCGCAAACAUAAUAUUUUACGAAAUAAAUUAUUACGACUAAAUAGUAGGUAUAAAUCAAGCGAGAACGUUAAAAACAUCAAGAGCAUGAGAAUAAAUCGAGAUCUUGUCGAAGAUGAAUUAACUAAACCAACCACUCAUAACAAUGAUGACUCUGUUCCUAAUUCACUAAUAUAUUCCGAAGUUGAACAAAUUCCACCAAUUGAUUUUAGCCAAAUUAAUAAUGAGGAGGUAGAUCAAAAAUAUCUAGAUAGUCACGAAUACGACCUUAAAAAUAUUGAUUUUAUUGUAGAUGAAUUAACUGAACCAACCAUGGCCGGUAAUCUCCGAACAAACAUCUGUAAUCUUGUUUUUAAUUCCGUUUCCCUCGAUUGGAGCGCAUCAGAUGUUCUCAAUUUGGUUGGAAGAACCAAAAAUCCUUUAGAAAAAGUAACACCGUAUCAUUGUAAUAGGUGCAGGAACACAAAAAAUAAUGCUAAAAUGCACGUAUUUCCGGCGAAAAAUGAUAAGAGCAAUGCUACAGAAUGCAUAUCGUCUGAAAUGGAAUAUCCCAUAAAGGUCGAUUAUGAUGUUACCACAUUUACCGAAGUGGAUGAUACACCACCAUCUCCAGAUUAA